UCAACUUUCAGGGAAUAUAGAUAGAAUAGAUAUAGCCUCCUCUCUCUCGAUGAUAUCCAAUUCCUCCACCUGCAGCUUCAGGUAGAGCGUCGCCAGCCUCAAGAUCAAACAAGAAGAAGAAGCAAAAUGCCGAAGCAAAUCCAUGAGAUUAAGGAUUUCCUUCUAACUGCAAGAAGGAAGGAUGCACGCUCUGUCAAAAUCAAGAGGAGCAAAGAUGCAGUCAAGUUUAAGGUUCGAUGCUCCAAGUACCUUUACACACUUUGUGUGUUCGAUACCGAGAAGGCCGACAAGUUGAAGCAAUCCCUUCCUCCAGGUUUGAGCGUGCAGGACCUGUGAAGACGGGAUCCGGAUCACUUCACGAACUCAAAUGGGAUUUGUUUUGUCUUAAAGUUUUGAAGAAUUUAUGGAUUGAUGUUAACGUUGUUGGUGUUAGAUGUUAUGCCCUGAUGUUUGCCGUCGUUUAUGUGUGGACUUGAGUUAUAUUUUAGUGGUUUUGUGUUCCUCCUCGAGAUGAUCUUUAGCCGUAGUGUUACAACUUCCUAUUUUCGCAGCAUUACUUGAUCAUAUGUACAAGUACUUCAUGCCUAA